CCAAAAAAAAAAAAAAAAAAGUUUAAUUUGAUGACCGUUGAAUUUUCCCCAAUUCACCAUAUCUCGAAGUCGUCUUCUCUCUCCCAAACCCAACAAAUCCAUCACUCUCUCUGCAAAAUUCAAUCUUCUGCUUAAGAAACCACACCACAAUCUCAAAAUCAGAGAUGGGUUUUCAAAAGGAAGACAAUUCAACAAAGAUUUUGAGAGCUUUGAAGACCUUAUUCUUCUUAAUCACUAUUCUCUUAUCUCUCCUUUUCUUCUCUGCUCCAAUUCUUCUCGCCAUCGCCGAUGCUCUUCUUCCUUCAGCUCUACUCUCCACCCUCCUUCAUCCCGAUUCCCUUUCCUUCAAAUCUCUCUCUUCCCAUCUCCAAAACUACCAUUUCUCUUCCUCUCUUGUUGACAUUCCCCUCAUCUCUAUUUCCAGAUCCGCCAUUCUCAUCUGUUUUUACAGUUUGUGCAAUGGUCCUAAGCUAUCUCGAGGGCCAUAUUUAGCGGCGGUGAUGGCUUGUUCUUUGAUAUCAGUGGCUUUUGUUGCGGUGAAAGCUUGGUGUGUGUUUGGUGAGAUGAUGACGAGUAAGGGAGAAAGAGCCAUGGAAAUGGGUCUGUUUAUUUGUUCUCUGUUUUUGGGUGUUGCUCAUAUUGUUGUGGCGUACAGAGGUAGUUGCAGAGAAAGAAGGAAGCUUAGAGUUUAUGAAAUCGACAUUGAAGCUGUUUGGGCAUGCCAUCAAGGGCUCCUACGUUACAAAAACAUUGCUUUGGAAGGAAAAAACUAUAAUAUAAAUUCAAUGUAAGGCAUGUUAUGUUACCGAUGACAUAUUGUAAAACAACCAAGACCAGCUCAAAUGUCGACAAAGAGCAUAAAUUUAUGAUAAAGCCAAUAAUGUAUAUACUACUUUUUCAAUAGACUGUGAUAUUUUGUUAUAUUGAUAAAA